CAUGAUGGCCACGAAGUAAAGUAACGAGAACAGAUUUCUGUACAAUUUCCUGAAUAUCAGCGGAGUUACAGCUUGAAUACACAAUUACUUUGGUGCAAUAAGUGUACGAAUAAACAAUGGGAGUAUUCGUAGUAGGAUUUUGGGUCUUAAGUGUGAUAUGCGUGAUUUUGUACUUGAUAACUAGAUCGACCGUGCAAUCUUCGAGUGAUGCAAAAUUCAAAAGUUUUCAGUCCACAUAUAUUGUGGUGUAUUUGCUUGCUAUGGCGGCUGACUGGAUGCAGGGGCCCUAUGUAUAUGCCCUUUACGCUGCAUAUGGAAUGUCGACACAUCAAAUAGAGGUCCUGUUUGUUGCAGGAUUCGGCUCUAGUAUGAUAUUUGGAACUAUCAUAGGCUCAUUUGCUGACAAAUAUGGCCGAAGGAACAAUGCAAUUCUGUACGGUGUACUAUAUGGGUUGGCUUGUGUUACGAAGCAUUUUAACAACUUCCACAUUCUGAUGGUGGGGCGUGUAUUAGGUGGGAUAGCGACAUCUAUACUGUAUAGUACCUUUGAAUCAUGGCUUGUCUACGAACACAAUAAGCGAGGAUUUGAAGGGGACCUUCUUGGAAGUAUUUUCUCUCAUGCCAUAUUUGGUAAUUCUGUAGUAGCGAUAUUGUCUGGACUAGUAGCACAAACGUUUGCUGAUUAUUUUGGCUAUGUGGCACCAUUUGAUGUUUCUAUGACGAUUCUAGCUGUUAUGUGUGUUGUCAUCAUGUUUACAUGGGUUGAAAACUAUGGAGACCAGAACAGUAACAUAUCAGAGAGUUUCAGCAGUGCCUUCAGAUCCAUCAAAACAGAUUACAAGAUCCUAUGCCUAGGUCUAAUUCAGUCUCUGUUUGAGGGCUCUAUGUAUACAUUUGUGUUGGAGUGGACGCCUGCACUCACUCCCCCUGCCCCAGCAGAACAGGCAGCUAGUAGGUCACUUCUGGUAGAUGAUGCUAAAGAUAGUGAUAACCAUAAUGGGACCAUUCCUCAUGGAUACAUAUUCGCAGGUUUCAUGGUUGCUUGUAUGAUAGGAUCUUCUCUUUUUAAAAUCCUGCUCAAGUUUUCAACUCCUGAGUCUUUCAUGAGGCCAGUGCUAUUCAUAUCAGCCAUAUCUCUCAUUACACCUGUACUGUUCCCAGGAAAUCAACUCAUUAUCUUUAUUGGGUUCCUUGUAUUUGAAGUGUGUGUUGGGAUAUUCUGGCCAUCACUCAGUACCAUGCGUAGCAAAUAUGUACCAGAAUCAACUCGUGCAACAAUCAUGAAUUGUUUUAGAAUCCCAUUGAAUCUCAUAGUCGUUCUCAUUCUAACACAGAAUCUCCGAAUUGAUCUUAUAUUCAAAUGCUGCACAACAUUCCUUUUGAUAGCAACAGUUUGUCAACAAUGGCUUCACAGUCUGUCCUUAAAACAGAAAAGUUCUCCUAAUGAGUCUGUCAGCUCAGGGAAUGGUAGCGACAAGGAAGCUCUGAUGAACGAAGAAUCAGCCGCAUAAUCACCACUAGGAAUAUACAGAACUUUAUUUCAUACUAUGGGGACAUAUUAUAUGGAGGAAUUUUAGCAAGGGGCCAGGUCAUUAUUUUGAUGUUACCAGAAAGGGUGAUUACCUAGAAUUCUUGUCUCUAGAGAGUCAUCUUUACAUAAUAAAGAUAGAUUUGUUUUUGAAUUCUGGGUUAUUGCCCCUCUUGAAAUAGUCCAAAAACAUAACUACAGUAAUUAGUAAUUACAUUCCAUAUUGACUUGAUAGACCCAUCCCCGAAAAGGAAAUUGAACAUAAAUUGACUUUUUGAUUCAUUAAAGCUGAAUGUUGGCCUCAUAAAAAGAAUGGACUUUCUACUCCCCCCCCCCCAGUUGUGAUUUAUUACAUUUUUGGGUGAAUACCAAUAUACUGACCUUGCCCCUCAAUAGGAAUUUUUUAUAGACAACUAGGUGAACGAAGUCCAAUCAAAUAUUGUUGAUAGAUGGUUGGGUUUGUAAUAUUGUUUAUAUAGAUUAUACACUUUUAGAGAGGUAAACUUGGAAUGUUUAUCCAUA